AUACGACGAUCCCUCCCUCUCAGUUAAUUUACAGCCGUCGCGGGUAGGCGCCGUGCCGACAUGUACCGCUCGCCAACUUUCUCGAUUAGUGAUGUGAUACGAUAUCGAAAUGUAGAUACGCCGCGUGACUAAAAUUAUUCAUUUUGUGACUUUUUGGAUUAAAUGUGAAAAGGUGACGUAUUAAAUGUCGAACAUUGUGUGACGGAUAUGUUACAGUGAAAGUUACGAGAACGUAAGUUGGAUUGGCAUCAAUAUGAGGUGGUUUAUAGUGACAAUGAGUGUGAUGGUAUGGGAAACGACUUUAGCUGGUGUAGCACCAGCUGGAUCUUGUCCUGCAGUGUGUAUGUGUAAAUGGAAAGGGGGUAAACAGACAGUUGAGUGUAUAGAACGUUCCCUUAUCACAGUGCCAGAACCUGUUGACCCUGCAACUCAAGUUCUUGACUUAUCAGGGAAUAACUUACAAAUCCUUCCUCAAGAAGCCUUCGCCAGAACAGGCCUGGUUAAUUUGCAACGUGUAUAUCUCCGAAAUUGUAAUAUAGGCCAAAUACACGACCGAGCUUUUAAAGGUCUAACAAAUUUGGUAGAAUUAGAUCUUUCCCAUAAUUUACUCACACAAAUACCUUCUAACAGUUUUAAAGAUGCUCCUUUUCUCAGAGAUUUAACAUUGGCUCAAAAUCCAAUUCUUAAAGUACAUUCCGACGCUCUUAGUAACCUCGGCAGUGUAGUGAAACUUGAUUUAUCUAAAUGUGACAUUAGAGAUAUUGCAGCGGACUCAUUUAGAAAUUUACGGUCAUUAGAAUCAUUAAAGUUAAAUCAUAACAAGCUUCGUGAUUUACCUCUGGUUUCCUUAGAAAGAGUAGAGAAACUGCGAGCUAUAGAUUUAUCCGACAAUCCUUGGACUUGUGACUGUCGAUUGCGUGAGCUUAAAAUGUGGCUGGCUAAACAUAAGCUACUAUCAACGCCUACUUGUGCAGGUCCGAUGCGGUUAGCGAACCGACCGUUUUCGGAAUUACCAAUAGAAGAGUUCGCUUGUAAACCUGAAAUAUUACCGAUAAGCCGCCACAUUGAGGCCGGAGUCGGAGAAAAUGCAACAAUUACAUGUAAAACAGAAGCCAUACCAAGUGCUAACGUUAAUUGGUAUUGGAAUGGGCGAUUACUUCAAAACGGAAGCAAUUUCAAUUCGCAUCAAAAGGUUUAUAUAUUUGAAGAUGGCGACUCAAGAAAAAGGUCGUCCUUGGUUCUUACUAAUACACAAGAAUCGGACUCCAGUGAAUUUUACUGUGUAGCCGAUAAUAAAGGUGGAAAUGCCGAAGCUAAUUUUACUGUACAUGUUACGCAAAAACCAGUAGGCAUGGCAUCUUUGGGGAGCGCACAAAUAGCCAGUUUGGGAGCGGCUUUGUUUUUAGUUGUAAUUGUUAUUUCCUUGGCUCUUUUGAUAACUUUUGUUCGAUUUCGCCCUGCACCCGCUUGUGAAAGCAAGACUCCAAAUACUUUGGAUCGAGUCGUGUCUGGAAAUGAAGUACAUCCUGUUACCACAGACAGACCACAUGUUGCAGUGUUAGCUAAUAGACAAGAAGCCCCUAAUUACAACGAUACAAAAUGUAAUCCGGUAUCUAAACCUCCACGGGCCAAUGACAUACCAUAUACUACAAAUCACUAUGAAGGAAGAGGUAGUAUAGUGACUUCUGGUGGACCAGUUGUCGUAUCUCCAACAGUGUCUGCGACUAUCGACCCUGAUCUUAUCAAUGACACGAGGCCAGACAGUGCCGCUCGACCAGGGAGUGGCGAAUACGCACGCGAGGCUUCCGAUUCAUUGUACCCAUCAGGUCUUUGGGAUCAAAUGAAAAUGAAUCAGGCUAGUAAUAUGUCUCGGGCCGUAAGCUCUGCUAUACCUGCGUACUAUACGGAUCGAACGCCGAUCAUUGAAAAUUGUAGCGUGGAUGGUUCUCAAGAAGAACUAGGUUAUAUGAGUCGUACGUUUCCGAGGUCUCAUGCGGUGACGUCGGCAACGCCGGCAGCGUCAAGCGAUGCACCAUACCCUCCAGACUAUGGCCUGCCAGUGGGCGGCGCGCGCACCCUGCGAGUCUGGCAAAGGGCGCCCCCAGUACUUCCACCAGUGUCGGCAUUAAAACGCGUUCUUACCAUCACCAGGCCCUCGACUGAGGAGGGCUUUCAGGACGGCUGUGCUACUGAUGUUUAGACUAUAUAAGAACUGAUUAAAACAUAUCUAGAUGACAUGUCACCUUGUACAUUUGUAUUGUAAGCUACGAUUCAUCUAUACGUACGGUAUAUGUAAUCUAUACCUACACAGGUUGUUAGUGUAAUAUUUUUUGUAUCAUAUAAUUUAUUUAGAAUAAUACGUAAUGGAAAGUUACAUUGGAUCCAAAUGUUAAGGAUCUACGACUGAUUAGUUGAGGAAUGUAAAUGUAAAUUAAUACGUGAUAUGGAGUGGUAUUGUUUAUGAUCGCCAAAUAAUUUAAAUACUGAGUAUAAAAUAUAUCUCGAUUGUUGAAAUUCAAAUAGGAUGUUACAUUAUAAUAAAGUUAUUAAUAAAUAUCUAAUGUGUGAGCCACACUCAUACUAACUAUAUCUACAAAUAAAAUAACUACCCAAAGAUAUGUACAAUUCCCUCUGAAAGUAAUAUAUGUACUACUAUAUUACUGUAAUUGUAUUGCACUAUCAAUGUUAUUUGAUGUACGAUAAUAAAUGUGUAAAUUUUAUGUUUCAAAAAAUAA